ACAAGCAGCUGCUCGCUUCAGUCGGAGUCCACUAGAGAAAGUGUUAACAUCGCGUUCUGCUUGCUGCUCACGUGCGAGCAAUUACUUGAGAAGCAUUCCACAUUGUUUUUCUAAUUUAACGGUUAUUGGCGUCGCAUUGUCGCGGGUAUUUGUUCAAGUAUUUAAGUAGAUAAUAAAUGGCGUUAAACCGAUUCGUCAUCUGUGAAGUGAAAUAGAAAAUAAUCUAGAUUUAUUGCUAGAAAGCAAAAGGAGAGAUUUCAAAAAAACACACCUAAAAAAUUAAAAAAUCUGGAAUUGCUCAAGGUCAAAGCGGUGCUUAGAAACUAAACGUAAAUACCUGUCAGUCGUUGCUGAUACCUGGCUGAAAGUAAGCGUGUGCUACAAAGCAAAAAUGCAAAAGGACCUGAAAAUCAUAUUAGGAGGAAUUUGCCUGAUUUUGGCGGUGCAUUGCAGUAAAGCGGAGCCAAAGCAAUUGGAGUGUUGGCACUGCAGCUCCGAAACAAUUGGCGCGGAGGACUUCUGUAAAGAGAGUUUCGAUGAGGAUGGUAUACCCGAUGAGGAGAUGAGGAGGGAACACAAUAUCAAUGUCUUACGCAACUGCAGCAGCACCACAAAUUCGGAGCAUGAGCAGGCCGUUUGCCGUAAGACAGUUGAAGAAAUCAAUGGCAAAGUGGUCACAAAGCGUUUCUGCUAUUACACCAACAAAUCGGACUCGUUGGAUCGCUGCAUGGAAGAGCCAACCGAGAAGAAUGUGGUGCGGAUCUUCUGUCAGGAUUGUCAAAAAGAUCGCUGUAACGGCGCUGGCAAAAAAUUCAUCACAUGGCUUAGUCAGCUGCUGCCACUGUUCUUGGCCAACUCCAUGCGCUUUUAAGUUCUAGAACGCUUGUGUGGCAGGAAACGAUUGUUUGGGUUUUAUACAAUUUUGUUAGCGUAGUGAACAUUAGUUUUUUCUUAAAUUUAGAUAAAAAUAUUUUUAUUUUAAGAAAUACACUUACUUUGUAAGUUUCGUCUGAUACUCAUGUCUCCGCUUAAGUUCUAGUAUAAGAUAGAUUAUUUUCAUGAUCUUUAAACUUUGUGCCAUUGAAUAGCCGUAAGUAUUUAUUUAGCAAAACUAAAGCAAGUAUUAUUUGAGGAUAUCGUGAAAGACAUUUAAGGGGUUAGGUCAAUAAAUUAUUUUGUUUUAUAAAAGCAAAAACAGAAACAGAGAGUUAAGAGCGAAAACUCAUAAUUUUAAAAGUGAUCGCUCUGUUUCUUGAUCCAGUUACAAUCGAAUGUCCUUUCGAUGACUAUAACUAAUUCUUGGAUAUUCAUUUAAAAUCAAUUGGAAUUAGAAGUUUAGUUUUAUUAGACAAUCAAGUGCCUGAUCUCAAUGGUAUUUUAAAUUGCCAAAAUAACUGCUUCAGGAAAAACUUGUCUAUGUUUUCGGGGAAAAACAGCUGUUACUCCUUUAAAAAAGAUCAAAAUUAAAUACUUCAUUCCACCAGACACUAGGUUUCAUGUUUUCAACAAGUUGUAUAAGUUUCAUUGAAUUAUACAGAGAGGUUCUCGAGUUUCUAUGGUCAGUAUGACCAAACAGCGAUCACUUUUAAAACAUAGUUUUGGGAAAAACGCUUUUUUCGCAGUAUCUGUUAUUUAAUUUAUUCCAGUACACCAGAGCGCACAAGAACCCUUUGCUAAUUAUCAAAUAUAUCGAAAAUAUUUAACGGAACCACUCCGAAUUUUCAGAGAAUAUUUCUAGGAUAUAUUCUUUCAGAAAAUGCAAAAUUUGUAUUAGUUUUAACAACGCCUAACCCCUUAAAUAUAUAUGUAGGUACUAAACACACAUUAAAACAUUACUUUACUGAACUAAGAUUGACUUAACUUAACUUAGCACAAAUAGUUUAUUUUAUGUAAUUUACUGCAAUUUUUUAAGGCACUUAGUCAUAAACUAGUGAAAAUUAUCGUAAAAGUUGAAAUGAAAGCUUUAUCACCACAUGGAACUUUAAUAGUUCCAAGCAGGGUAGUGUCGCCGUAGCACAGUAACGACUUAUUAUUUUUUUAUUUGAACUAAGCUUAAAAACAAAUUUGUAUUUUUUAAUUUUGUUUUUGUUUUUUUGGAACGCGGUAUCGAAUUUCGAAUUUAAAACAAACCAAAACAAUAAUGAGAAACGUAAUGAAAUCACACUCACAUAAAAAAAAAUAUAAUAAACGAUCAAGAAGUAAUUGAAUCUUGAAUCUUUUACAGACAUAAGUAGCCCAGUUGUAUGUUGUUGUUAGUCGUAUUCAUAAAUAAUAUAUUAGUCAAACAUGAAAAACUCUAAAUUGUAUUCAAAAAGUGUUCAUAACUUCACUGCACACUUACAUAUACCGUAAACAAGUACCGUACAAUGUCAAAAUUCCCCAAUGCACUCCAAUUAAAAAAAAAAACAGAAUUGCAGAAUUAAAUUGUCCGAGAGAUCUGAGAAAUAAAGUUCAUUAAACAAUAUGUGUGCUUUUAUUACAA